UUUCGGUCAGUCAGUAGGUCGCCCGGUUAGGUAAUUCGCGAACGUAGCGUCACUUGGCGCUACGAUUCACCGAUUAAUACAAUGUACUGAAUAUUUAGUUAAGUAAUAACUUGCGGUGUGAUUUAUUAUCAAAAAUUGAAUGCUAGUGAUGUGGACUGUUCUUUUAAUUUUAUAACGCCUAGUCAAUCUUACAAUCAAAGCAAAACCUAUUACAAAUAACUGUUUGUCCUUGCGUACACCAAAAUUAGUUUUUGAAAUAAAGUAUAUUACAUGUGUACAACGUAGUUUUCCUUUGGAUCUUCUUACUUAUAAGAAAAUGUCUCGAAGACGGAUAUUGGUUGGCGGCGCGGCGGGAGUCGCAGGCGCAGCGCUCGCGGUGUGGGCCCUAGCCGCUGAUGAGUCACCAGUCGCAUGGUACAAAGCCCCCACGGUAUCAGCGAAGACUGCGCGAAAGAAGCGUCCCCUGCCGUCCCGGGCGGAGCAGGUAGCGAGCCUGCAGGCCGGACACACUUACGACAUACUCAUCGUCGGUGGAGGCGCCACGGGAGCGGGAUGUGCACUCGAUGCUACCACCAGAGGUCUCAGGACAGCAAUGGUAGAAGCGGACGACUUCGCGAGCGGCACCUCCAGUAGAAGCACUAAGUUAAUCCACGGCGGCGUGCGAUACCUGCAGAAGGCUAUCAUGCAGCUGGAUUACGACCAGUAUAAGAUGGUGAAAGAAGCCCUGCACGAGCGCGCCAACAUGUUGGAGGUCGCGCCGCAUCUCACUAGGCCGCUGCCUAUCCUCUUACCUGUGUAUAAGUGGUGGCAAGUCCCCUACUACUGGUUUGGAAUUAAAAUGUACGACCUGGUGGCUGGCGACAGGAACGUCAAGAGUUCCUACUAUUUGUCCAAAAAGAACACUCUCGAACUCUUCCCCAUGUUGAAGUCGGACAACUUGUGUGGUGGCAUCGUGUAUUACGACGGUCAACAAGACGACGCGCGGAUGAACCUGGCGAUCGCGCUGACGGCGGCUCGGCACGGCGCCACCAUCGCCAACCACGUCAGCGUCACCAAGCUGCACAAGACCGCUGGCAAGCUCAGCGGCGCCAGGCUCAGGGACGAAUUAACCGGCAAGGAGUGGGAUGUGAAGGCCAAGUGCAUCAUCAACGCGACCGGACCAUUCACGGACAGCAUCAGGAAGAUGGACGACCCCACCGUCAAGGACAUCUGCUGCCCCUCCUCGGGGGUGCACAUCGUGCUGCCCGGAUAUUACAGUCCUGAACACAUGGGUCUCCUGGACCCUGCGACGUCGGACGGGCGCGUGAUCUUCUUCCUGCCGUGGCUGAAGGGCACCAUCGCCGGCACCACCGACCUGCCCUGCCAAGUCACCCACAACCCCAAACCCACCGAGGACGAGAUCCUAUUCAUCCUCACUGAGGUCAAGAAUUACUUGAACCCUGAUGUUGAAGUGCGUCGUGGCGAUGUACUGUCCGCGUGGUCCGGCAUCAGACCGCUGGUGUCGGACCCCAACAAGCCGGACACGCAGUCGCUAGCCCGCAACCACAUCGUGCACACCUCUCCCUCGGGACUCGUCACGAUCGCCGGCGGCAAGUGGACCACCUACCGCGCCAUGGCCGCCGAGACCAUCGACGCUGCUAUUGAAGCUGCGAAUCUGAAGCCAAUCUUCAAAGAGAGUCAGACGGACGGUUUCCUGAUCGAGGGUGCCCACGGUUGGACUCCCACCAUGUACAUCAGAUUAGUGCAGGACUUCGGGUUAGAAAUGGAGGUAGCACAACACUUAGCGAAAUCGUACGGUGACAGGGCGUUCGCCGUGGCCAAGAUGGCGUCCAUGACGGGCAAGAGAUGGCCCAUCAUCGGCAAGAAAGUUCACCCCGAGUUCCCGUACAUUGAUGCUGAAAUCAGGUACGGCGUGCGCGAGUACGCGUGCACCGCGACGGACAUGAUCGCGCGGCGCCUGCGGCUCGCCUUCCUCAACGUGCAGGCCGCCGCCGAGGCGCUGCCCGCCAUCGUCGACAUCAUGGCCGAGGAACUCAACUGGAAUGACACCGAGAAGAAGCGCCAAAUCAAAAUCGCGGGCGAAUUCCUGGCCAACGAGAUGGGUCAGAUGGUGAACAGAGCCAGUCGUGACAAGAUCCCGAUCAACCUGAGCAAGGAGGAGAUCCAGACUUACAUCAAGCGGUUCCAGAUUAUCGACAAGGACAGGAAGGGCUUCGUCUCCAUCAAUGAUAUUAGGAGGAGUCUUAAGAACUACGGCGAGGAAGUGACAGGCGAGCAACUGCACGAGAUACUGAAAGAGAUCGACACUAACAUGAACGGGCAGGUCGAGCUCGACGAGUAUCUGCAGAUGAUGUCCGCGAUCAAGUCGGGCCACGUGGCGUACUCCCGGUUCGCGCGCAUGGCCGAGAUGGAGGAGGAACAUCACGAACGAGAGGCGUUGAAGAAGAAGAUCACCGUCGAAAGGAGUGGCGGCGGCUUGUAGAAUAUUUUAUCAGCUCAUCACAAAUUAAUGCUAAGCGAAUACGCAUAAGUAUUAUUUCUCGGAAUUAGUUCAUUUAGAGAUAUAUUUAUUGAGUCCUAGAUAUUAGACACCUAGUACGUCCAACGUUUAUUUAUUACAUUUAAGAAAAACGAAUACUGUGAACACGAUAGGAUCCUUUACACGACAAUAGGCUAUGAAUCAAGCUACAGCUAACGGCACAAGUCGUGAGCAUGGACAGUGGUGGGGUGAGCUCGCGUAUCUACAAAUUAGACGAAAAUAAUAAUGUAAUAAUAAUAAUGUAAAAGUAAGACUGUCUCGGUGGCGUAGUUGUAAUUGUACACGGUAAAAGUACGACUACCUCGCUGAGGUCCUGGGUUUGAAUCCCGGGUCAGGCCAAAAAUAAUUGUAACUGGGUUUUUCCAUCAUAAAAAUUACUCAGUCGCAGCUCGGAGUCAGGAAGUUGGCGGUGGGAUACUCCUGCGCCUCGGAAAGCACGUAAAGCCGUUGGUCCCGCACCUGAUCACUCCCUGGUCAUGUCGGAUCGUACCGAUCGUACCAUAUCGUUACCGGACUGUGAGAGUGAAGGAACAGAGAGUGCACCUGUGUAUUGCGCACACACUAAACUUACUAAAAGUAAUAAAAUUAAAAAAAUAACACGUGGCAUACGUCAGCCAAUAGACAACGAGCAUCCACUGAGGAACCAAUCGGACGAAGCGUCGUCGCUUUGAACGCCAAACCGACCAAUCACAAGUGUGCUCACGACUCGCGCCUCCAUCUAUACUUUAUAAAAUCUUGUACAUUACAUAAAUAGUUUUAAUUUUUUAAUAUUUUAUCUGAGGGUACAAUUUAUAUUUAAAAAAUCAUUGAUAUGUAAUCCGUGUAAAAGGCUCCUUAAUUAUCUUCUCAAUCAUAAUUUUAAGUAUUAACGAGACAAAUUAUACACAAAUAUUUAAGACAACCGUUCAAAUAUUGUGAUUUUUUUGUAAUAAGUUAUUUUGUUUGUUACAUAUUUAUUUUGUUGUAUUUGUAUUUUUACAAUCACGUCGUGAAUGUGAAUUUAAUAAAGUUUACUUUAUUUGAAUUAAAUGUGACACUUAUGAUAUGUGCUUUUUAUGUUAGAGUAGUAAAUCCUUUCCAUACAAAGCUGUGGUUAGCAAUGCUUUACAAAAAAUCGUAAGUCAUUGCUAGAAAAAAGCUUAUAAUGCAGAAAUCGUAAUAGCCAAUUCAUAUGUCGAUGGCUUCUAAGUAAAUUGUCGUAUCUAAAAAAAGCGAUUUACAUUUUUUUUGCGUUUUGUUAACUAGGUACCAGUUCUAAACUCAUUAAAAAGUUAAUAAAAGAUUUUUUUAUGUCUUUGGUAGUAAACAGAACUUAGAUAACGAAACGCGAAAUCACUAUUUUUAGAUACGAUAGUUUACUUCGGAGCCAUUGAUACUUGUAUAACGCGAUCACUUCAUCUGCGUUAUGAACAAAAAAAAAUUGAAUGUUUUUGUAAGAAUACAUCAUUAUUUUGCAUCUACUAAUCACAAAUGCUGUCUCAUAAGCUUUUUUCACACAAAGCGGAAUGUUUCCAAAAACACGAAAGACAAAAACAACGUUAUAGAGAAAAAACAGUUCUCCAAAGGCUUUCCAUCAAUCUAAAGUGGAAGGAAGGAAGAUCUAAAGGAAGAAAAAAGAUCAUUUUUUAUCCCUUAUGUAUUAAUUAUGCAAUAAAUAUAUUUUGAACUCACGAA